UAGAGUUUAUCGAAGCAGGUCUUCCAUAUUUUAGCUAUAAAACGACUUAAAAGUCCACCAAAGUGCGCUCUCUCUCUCUCUCUCUCUCUCUCUCUCUCGUCGGCCAUCGGAGUGAGAGCUCGUGGAUUGUCAGUGAUUGAGGAAAUCAGCCAGGAUUUGGUGAUUGAAGCUCUGAUUGUGAGAAGGAAAUGGGUUCAGAAGGGCCAAAGAGUGUGGUGAUUCAUGUGACUGGCUUCAAGAAGUUCAAUGUUUUUGCUACCAAUCCUACUGAAACAUUAGUUUCAAAUUUACAAAAUUAUACAGAAAAGACAGGUUUACCCCUUGGUGUUUCUUUAGGCAGCUGCACUAUUCUUGAGACUGCAGGAGAUGGUGCGUUGACCACACUUCACAAGGUUCUGGAAUCAAGUGUUUCAAAUGAAAACAAUUUCGGAUCCAAAGAAGUUGUGUGGCUUCAUAUGGGGUUGAAUGGAGGAGCAUCAAACUUUGCCAUUGAAAAACAAGCAGUAAAUGAAGCUACCUUCUCUUGUCCAGAUGAGCUUGGUUGGCAACCCAAGAGGGUUCCAAUUGUCCCAGAGGAUGGAGGAAUAACUCGGAUACGAGAGACUGGUUGCUCGAUUGAUGCGAUUUUGGAAUUCUUGAAAAAGAUGAAGGGCUAUGAUGAUGCAAUGAUCUCUGAUGAUGCAGGGCGUUUUGUGUGUAACUAUGUAUACUAUCAUUCCCUCCGUUUUGCAGAAGAGAAAGGUCACAAGUCUCUAUUUGUACAUGUUCCUCCAUUUUCAAGAAUCAAUGAAGAAACACAAAUGAAGUUUAUGGGGUCCCUUUUGGAGGCCAUUGCUUUAAGUUGUUGAUAUUAUUAUUAUAUUGUAUUCUUGUUCAUUGAAGAAACGAAUCUUUCUUUGUUGUCAUUGUAUGAUGUCGGACUGUUCUCAGUGUAAAUUCAUAUGCUUUCUUAAGAUGAUUUGAAUACAUCAAAGAUUGUGGUUGUUUGGAUUAA